AUGCAAACGGGAGAAUAUCGCUAUUUGAACAGCAAAAGAAAAAGAACAACACCACCCCAAGAAUCUCUGAUUGUUGCACUGGCCACUGAAAAUGCCCUACAGAAAUCUGUAGCAGCGGCGGCUAUAACCCCAAUGGAGCCAACAACACCACCCCAAGAAUCUCUGAUUGUUGCACUGGCCACUGAAAAUGCCCUACAGAAAUCUGUAGCAGCGGCGGCUAUAACCACCAAUGGAGCCGUAGUUACCCAAGAAACACCAGCACCUCCCACACCCAAUCUACAUCCAGUAGCGGCGGCAGCAGUAGGAGCCGUAGCAGCUGCUGCAGCAGCAGCUGUAGCACCACUAGCACCAAUACCCCAAGACUUGACCACUAUGUCGGAUCAGGAUCUUUUAAGCUACAUAAAUCCCAGUACAUUUGAUCAAGUGUCUUUUUAUAAUUGCAGUCUAAGAGAUGAGAACAACGCCAACAGUUUGUACUGCAACAAUCAAGAGGACCAAUAUCGUAAUAAUUGACCUGAAAAGUAUAAAAGGGGAAACAGAAAAACAUAAUGAAACUGAAACUGAAAACGGCUUAAAAUUAUGUUUAACAAGUAAAAUUUCGUUUCGAAAGUAUUGACCGAGAUUUUAGUUAUACUUUGCUAAAUUUUGAAAAAGAAACAUAAACGAGGGAUAAUUUCUUAUGGAAAAUCAAAAAAUCAAAAAAAAAAAAAAAAAAACUGGAAAACUAAAAAAUUUUA